CUUCUAGCAGGCUGAACGAGGCAACAGGUGCAUUUUUGCCAAAGAGGCUACACGUUACGGAGAAAUCAGUCAACCAAGAUAUCAAGAAGAAAACCAAAUACUCCACAUCCGUCGUGUUCUCUUGGAUCAUAAUUUUACUGCGUCAUCCCGUGGCUCACACCAGGUUGUUUUUUUUUUUUUUUCCUAUGGCAUCACAGUGCCUCAGUAGCGUGCUGACCAACGCAAACUUCACGAUGUACCAGAACAGUCUUCCUGAUAUUCUGCCUCAUCAACCCAACAUCAACAAUCAGCAAAACAGCAACCUGGGCUACGGCUCCAACAAUGGUGUUUGGUAUGGUCAGAUGAAUCCUCACUUCUGGACGGCGGAAAACGUUAUGGAGUGGAUCAGCGCCCAAGCUGACAGCACCAAGUUUGAUGCCAGUACCCUGACUCUGUCCUAUUGUGCCAUGGACGGCCACAGCUUCUGUCAGAUGAGCCUGGACCAGAUGACCAUGGUGUUUGGACCUCAGCUUGGACUGCACCUCCACCAAAACCUGCAAGAAUACAAAGCUAAAUAUGAACUGACGAGCCUAUCGGGACCAGAGCUAAAUGAAACCUGCCAACUCCUGGAUAGGUUCUUGCACAACCUAAACCUCCCAGACAACCUAACCUUCCCUCUUAUCAGCACCGUCAAAUUUGGUCAAGGUGAAGACUCGGUCAGCAAAAUGGAGUUCGACAAUGGUGACAAUUGCGAUCUGCUCAGCCUGACCAUGGGGGCCAUGACACCUCUGCAAGACGAGUAUCUGUCUGAUAAUCAGUCUGAUAGCGAGUGGAGCUCCUCAUCCAAUAGUGGCCCGUUUGGCUUCUCGAACCUUGGCUCACCAGAGUCUGGCAGUGGAGAAUCUGACCCGGAGUUCUCCUACCCUGUCAUUUCAAAGACGCUGAUUAAGAAGGAGAAAGCAGAGUCACAAAUUAAACGACCUCGGGGGCGACCUCCUAAAGUCAGCAGGGAUCACAGCAUUUAUGACACGUCAAAGAAAAGUAAACACGCACCUCGGGGCACUCAUCUUUGGGAGUUCAUCAGAGAUAUUCUGAUUCACCCAGAGAAGAACCAGGGCCUGAUGAAAUGGGAAGAUCGCCGUGAGGGUGUUUUCAAGUUCCUCAAAUCGGAGGCUGUGGCUCAAAUGUGGGGCCAGAAGAAGAAGAACAGCAGCAUGACAUACGAGAAACUCAGUCGUGCUAUGAGGUACUACUAUAAACGAGAAAUCCUUGAGCGGGUUGAUGGACGGCGGCUGGUAUACAAGUUUGGAAAGAAUUCCAGUGGUUGGAAAGUUGAAGAGAUUGGAAUGGGCAUCUAAAUUCUUCAUGGCAGUUGACACGAAAAAGCCAAAGUAGUUCAGAACUUGACUUACCUGCUUAUCCUGUCAUGGAGAAAAUCUUGCUGCCCAAAUGUUAAGACACUAACUUCCUUUUCGAGGGAAGGUGUUAAAGAAAAUGUAAGCCAGUGUUGUGGGCUCUAGUAGGUUUUGUGAACCAAUUUUAAUGUUAUGUCGUGUAUGUGAUUGAUUGUCAUCAAAGAGUCGUUUGAAGUAACUGAAAUGGAUAUUGUUUUGUUCUCUUGCAUUGAAAUUCAGAUUUUUUUUUUUUAAGACUUAGAAAAGUGGGAAUUCUUAAGUAUAAGUAAUAUUGCUGCGAUGUGUAGCUGGGAUAGGCUGCAGCCUGUGACCCCAACAAGGACAAGUGGUCGAGAAAAUGGAUAAAAUGAUUGUAACAAUGUACACGACAUAUUUUGUUGUCAUAUAUUAGUAAGUGUUUUACACAGUGUUUUAAAGAAAAAUGAAUGGUAAUUCUAUCGCACAAUUUACAUCUGGUUUAGCUUUCAGAAUUUAAAAAAAAAACAAUCAGUUGUACUUUUUUAUGAUCAUCCUAGCAUCAUGCCUCCACUAUUCUGGAUCAUUGUAUGUGCACUAGGGGGGGGAUGGGGGGGACACUUCUUGAUAUAUCCUGAAGGUUGGAAUUUUGUAUUUAUUUCAUUUUUAUACAGUUUAUAUGUGUCUAUGUUUUACCUGUUUUUCAAUGUAUUUCUAAAGCUGUGUGUAUGUGCCCAAGAAUGAAAACAAUGAAUUGUUGAAUAAAAGCACUGCCUGGUUUGGUGACAA